AUGAUUCAUCAUACUUCAAUUCAAAAUUCAAUCAAUUCUACAAGUGCUAAACAACCAGAACAGAGGAAACAAACAUCAGGAAAAAGAUCAUUGUUUAAUUGGUUUGGACUUCAACAAAGGGAAGACCAUCAACAGGAAACAACCAAAUCGGAGGAAAUUAUUAUUGAUGAUGAUAGUCCUAUUGUAGAUGUUUCCAAGAAAGCAACUCCGAAACAAAAGAAAACAAGUCCAAAGUGGUGGUGGCUUGAAAUGGUUGGCAAUAAGGAUGAAUCAGCACAAAAACCUCAUCAUUUAUUGAGAAGCCAAUCCGAAUAUCCUCACAGAGACAUGUUGUCCUCCUAUGAUUCUCAAUCUAACAGCUUGUUACCUUCUGAUGAUUUUAAAAGAACAUCACUUGUUCAAUUGACUCAACAAAAGGAACUUUUGGAAGAACGUGUGAGAAUGAUUAAUGGUAUGGUGCAACGAAUGAAGGAAACAAAACGCACCAUGAAACAACAAAGACAACCAAUUACAAGUGCACCCAAAUUAAUUUAUAAAUCCGAAGAGGAUGAUACUAUGGAUCCUAUUGAACAUGAAAUUAACAGGGAGAGAAGUGAUAUUACACUAAAUAUUCCUUCUCAAAACAAACGUUUAAGAAAGAAGAAAACUUCAGGAUCUUUUGUUGAAAAAUCUAAUAUAAUUAUCAGAAAAAAAGGAGCCAAAACACCUAGUGCUGAAGGGUUGGAGACUGUUAAAAGUGAAGAUAAUAUGAAUGCCCUCUCUGAAAGGGAUCAACCACUGCAUUUGGGAUCUAUUCCAAAUAUGCAUAAUGUUACUCCAACUUCUUCGACAAAGAAAUCUCCAUCCUUCAAUGUAUUUGAUAAUUACUUUACCAAAUCAUUUUCAAACAAACCUAUUUCAGAGAGUGAGGAGAAAUUACCAUCUGAUUCCAUCUUUUCAAAUGAAAAGAUUACUGAAAUGGAGGAGGGAAAAAUUGUUGUGGAUGAAAGUUUAUCAGAUAAUGGUAAUCAAGUAGUAGGAAGCUCCUACUCGACAAUAUUCGAAUAUGAAAGACAAGUUCAAUUAAUUCUCAUCGAUCUUGGAUUUGCUUUGGCAACUUUUGGUAUUCCAGCGCACCGUUUAGAGUACCAUCUUACAUAUAUUUCAAAACAAUUCGGUGUCAAACCAUGCCAAAUUGAAUAUACCAGUACUGGGUUGUUGUUUUCAUUCUCUGACCCUAUCGAUUGGACACACUUUAAUGUUGAAAAUGGUAGAAGUACCUCUACUACUCUUUAUAUUACCAUCGAUAGUGCUAAUUUAUCAUCAGCUGGUGGCUCUUUGAAUCUUGACAAGUUGUACAAGCUCGAUCACAUUGCUGAUGAACUUGCUCAAAGAAAAAUUACCAUUCCUGAUGCAAGAACAAGAAUUAGAAAGGUCAUUAAGAGUAAGCCAAUAUUUAACCAUUCAUUUUAUCAAAUCAUAACUCACUUGCUCAAUAGCUUUGCUUGGGUAGUAUUCUUGGAUGGAAGUAUUAUUGAAAUGAUAACCUCUUGUGCGAUAGGUGUUCUUGUUGGUCUUUUCUGUACACUUGCAGAAAGGUAUCCAUAUUUCCAACGUGUAAAUAGUGUAAUUAAUUCUGUGGUUGCUGGUAUUGUAGCCACAAUUUUGAAAAUCGUUUUUGCCCAAUUUGCUGAUCCAGUUGCCUCUCCAUUAUCAGUAUUUUUGGUAACGCUUUGUGGCGUAUUCUCCAUUUUACCAGGUAUUCAAUUCACAACAGGUAUUGCCGAGUUGAGUACGAGACACUUGUUGAGUGGUUCAGUAAGAUUAUUCAGUGGUUUCAUUGUGACAUUACAGCUUGGAUUUGGUGUGUUGAUGGCCACAGGAAUAGACCACUUCUUAUCGAAUUCUACCACCAUUUUUUCUCACGAAAAACCAGACAAGUACCGAACCUUUAGACGAGUUCCAGAGUGGAUUUUAGCUCUAGUUUUACCACUUAUUAUUGUUUCAAAUAUUUUCACGUUCAGAGUGCCCAAGAAGAUAGUGACCUAUAUUUUCGUAGCUAUCAUUUCUUAUCUUUCAUUCUUUGUAACUACAUACAGCUCAUACUAUUUAGGAACAGAAGUGGGUGCUUUAUUAGGAGCUCUUGUUUGUGGUGUUACUGGUAAUUUGUAUGCUCAUAUUACCAAAAAUCCUGCUUUACUGGUUACAGUUUGUGGUACUGUUUUGUUAAUACCUGCUGCAUUUGGUGUGAGAGGUGUUAAGGAAUUUUUGACAGCUAGCUCAGGAGAUGAGACUAGUUUGAUUAGUGGCAUUGAAUUUGUAUUCAAUUUACUUUCUAUCACGGUAUCAGUAACUAUUGGAUUACUGUUGGGCGAUUUCAUUAUUCCAACCUCGAGAAAAUUGAGUUUCUAA